UUGUACUGGCAAAGGGAAAAUCUCAACACGUUCGAGUUUACGCUCAAGUACCCAAUUGGUCACAUGGUACCUGAAGAAGCCGCCGGGAUCGAGUCCGGCAGCAGCCGCCCCGGCCACCGUGCGGCGUCCUCCGUCACGCUGAAGCACGUCUACUUGAUCGCCAAGGUGAAGCAGUCGGAUCCUUACUGCCAGCACAUGUCGCUCGAGUCCAUUUGUAUGUCCGCAUCGGUACGGCCAACACCAUGGGGAUUAAGGUCGUCAAGGAAUUGA